CAAACGUUGUGCGCAAACAAGCAGUUUUUAUUACUACUCUUCCAUGCUCCUUUGGUCGUCUCUACUUGGCGAUCGUUCCGCAGCGGACAAGAGGAAACUGAAAGAGGAAAGAAGAAAAUAAAAACCAGGUGCUCAAAAUUUCACGCGGAUCUUCGAUUCAGCUGGGCCACCUCCGCCCGUUUAUUAGCGAGGUUGCUCCGAACUACGGGAAGAAACGGAGAUUGGAAAACUGUGAAAGGAAUCAAUUUGCAAGGGAGAGCUAAAAUCGCCCUAACUUUGACUUUGUGUAAAAAUAC